AUGAGUUCAUGUUCAGGAGACAAGCAAAACAUGCAUGAACAAACUGGUUGCUUUGAUCCCAACACAAUGGAUGAAGGUAUUGAAAAUUCUCUAAAAGAUAAUCCCUUUUCUCAAACUCACCCAAAUCAAAUGGUUGAAGGUAAUAAUCAUAAUCAUUCUGAGGAGGAUUUCUCUUAUCAUAAUCCACAGCACCUUGAUAACAAUUUGGUGCAAGAGGUGUAUCAGAACUCAACUUGGGACACCAAUGUUCAUGAGUUACAAGGUAUGGAUUAUGCUAAUCACCAAGAACAACACCAACUACAUGAACAACAGUUUCAACAAAUUGUUGAAACGCAAAACCAUAACCAAACCUACAACCCUUCAAACAUACUCGACCCUCAUUACCCUUCACCCGAUCUUUUAAACCUUCUCCAUUUACCUAGAUGCUCAGAUUCGUCUUUUCUCGCAAAUCCACCAUCCAACAUUUGUAUGACAAACCUGAAUCAAAAACCGCCGAAUUUCCAUAACUCGAUGAGUUUUCUUGGAGAUCUUCCGAUUGGUUCGUCGGAUAAUACAAGUGGAUCAUCGGUUUUAUAUGAUCCUCUAUUUCCUUUGAACCUUCCUCCACAGCCACCAGCCCUCAGAGAGUUGUUUCAAUCUCUGCCUCGUGGAUAUAGCAUGCCGACUAGCUCGAGGAACGGUUCUCUUUUCGGUGGAGGGGAUGAGAUGGAAGGAGAUGGAGAUAUGGGAGUGCUGGAAUUCAAUAGGGUUGCUGCUAAUGUUGGCAAAGGAAGAGGAGGAAAAGCUACAAAACAUUUUGCAACAGAGAAACAAAGAAGAGAGCAAUUGAAUGGAAAGUACAAAAUCUUGAGGGGUCUCAUCCCAAAUCCCACUAAGGUUGAUAGAGCGUCAGUGGUUGGAGAUGCUAUUGAGUAUAUAAGAGAGCUGAUUAGAACAGUGAAUGAGCUGAAACUGUUGGUGGAGAAGAAAAGACAUGGGAGGGAAAUGUGCAAGACACAUAAAGCUGAAGAUGCUGCUGCAGAAAGCUGUAACAUAAAGCCUUUUGGUGAUCCAGAUGGAAGCAUAAGGACUUCAUGGCUGCAGAGGAAAUCCAAAGACAGUGAGGUUGAUGUCCGGAUCGUCGACGAUGAUGUUACAAUCAAACUGUUUCAGAGGAAGAAAGUUAAUUGUUUACUCUUUGUCUCCAAGGUUCUGGAUGAACUUCAGCUAGAACUCAACCAUGUGGCAGGUGGACACGUGGGUGAAUAUUGCAGCUUCUUGUUCAACAGCAAGGUAAGUGAAGGUUCAUCGGUUUAUGCAAGUGCUAUAGCCAACAAGGUGAUUGAUGUUCUGGACACCCAAUAUGCUGCUGGUGUUCCAUAUACAAGUAGGCUGUAG